AGUUGAGCAGUUGAGAGUCCCGCAGCCGAACCAUUGGUGCGUAAUGGUGCACGACUGGACAGCAGAUGUUUCACCACCGGGACACUCUGUCUCUGCACACUUUAUCUGAACUCUUCCUCUCCUGUUUUUCUCAGCGUAGGCGUGCGUUGACUCGCUGUGCUGCCUUUUUCAAAAGUUAUCUGAGGAAGGAAAGGACGAAGUAGGAAAAAAAAAAUUGGGCUACCUCUUCAAACCGUCCCGGUUUUUACCGGGUAGUUGUCGUCAUCAGCACCCCAGAUAUCCCCCCCUUAGCUCCCUAAAUGGAUGGGGCAGUCUUGGUCUAUGCAGUUCAGCACAGGCCAAAAGACUGGAAACAACUUGUGAAUAUCCGUCAGUUUGGCGUCUAGAGGGAAACGCUCAGAAAUGCCCGGCCGCGUCGCUGGAGCUCAGCUCUGAGGACUUUUCUCCUGCAUUGGUGCGUUUUUUUCAGGAGGAAGGACUCUGAUCAAAGUUUACAACAGAAAGGAAAACUCAGCGCUGAAGAGGCAGCUCCACACUAUAGCCCCCGCUAUGGAUUCUAUGUAUUUAUUGAUGUGCUUUUCACUCAGUCAAGUAUUUUUGGAUCAUAUUUUCGCUGCAGAAACACAUGAAAAACUCUCUGGAAAGUUAAGUGAAUAUGGUCUUAUCGUGCCAUUCAGCACAGACUCCCAUGGCCGGUACCUUUCUCACGUGGUCUCUGCUGGAAGUGGAAGUAAAGGUGGUGAUGGUGCUGCUGCUGCUGAUGCCUCGUCAACCAUUGGCAGCAGAAGAAGGGUGGCCCGCGGUGCCCCCGAGGUGCCCUCAGUCACCUCUGCCUCAGCUCAGCACUUGUUUUUCAAUGUCACUGUGUUUGGGAAAGAACUGCACCUCCGCCUGAGGGCCAACAGGAGGCUGGUGGCCCCUGGGGCUUUUGUGGAAUGGCAGGAGGACUUUGUGGAAAAAGCCAAGGAACAUAUCCACAGGGACUGUGUUUUCACUGGAGAUGUGAGUGACAUGCCAGAGGCCUCCGUGGCUAUCAGCAAUUGUGACGGACUGGCAGGUCUGAUCCGGACUGAUAAUGGAGAAUUUUUCAUCGAGCCUCUUGAGAAGGGCCAGCAGGACGUGGAAGUGAAGGGGCGUGUCCAUGUGGUCUACCGCAGGUCAGCCAUCAAACGGGAGACGGGCCAGUGGAGGGAGGACCUCCACAAUGAAGUGGCAGACUUUGGGAUCGCAAACCUCCCCGCUGCUCUGGAUCUUCUCGAACAUAAACUGUCUGAGUCCGAGCGCAAGAGGAGGCAUGCGAAGAAAGACGACUACAACAUCGAGGUGCUGCUGGCUGUGGACGACUCUGUGGUGCGCUUCCAUGGCAAGGAGCAUGUGCAGAAUUAUGUUCUCACGCUCAUGAACAUAGUUGAUGAAAUCUACCACGAUGAAUCUUUGGGAACCAACAUCAACAUUGUCCUUGUUCGCAUGAUAAUGGUCGGGUACAGACAGUCUAUAAGUCUGAUCGAGCGUGGCAACCCAUCCCGCAGCCUGGAGCAGGUGUGCCGAUGGGCCAACACGCAGCAGCGCCGCGACCCCGACCACGCCGAGUACCACGACCACGCCAUCUUCCUCACAAGGCAAGAUUUUGGUCCCGCAGGUAUGCAAGGUUACGCUCCCGUGACAGGGAUGUGCCACCCACUGAGGAGCUGCACUCUGAACCAUGAGGACGGCUUCUCCUCCGCCUUUGUGGUUGCUCAUGAAACCGGCCAUGUGCUAGGCAUGGAACAUGAUGGCCAGGGGAAUCGUUGUGCUGAUGAGACCAGUAUGGGCAGCAUUAUGGCGCCACUUGUCCAAGCAGCUUUCCACCGCUACCACUGGUCACGUUGCAGCAAGCAGGAGCUCAAUCGAUACAUCCAUUCUUAUGACUGCCUGCUGGAUGAUCCCUUUGAGCACAAGUGGCCCAAGCUUCCUGAGCUCCCUGGAAUAAAUUAUUCAAUGGACGAGCAGUGCCGCUUUGAUUUUGGUGUUGGUUAUAAAAUGUGCACCGCUUUCAGGACCUACGACCCUUGCAAACAACUGUGGUGCAGCCACCCUGACAACCAGUACUUUUGUAAAACCAAAAAAGGUCCUCCGGUGGAUGGUACAGAGUGCGCCCCUGGAAAGUGGUGCUUCAAGGGACAUUGCAUCUGGAGAUCCAGCCAGCAGCCUCAAGGCCACGAUGGGAGCUGGGGCUCCUGGUCAAAGUUUGGCUCUUGCUCCAGAACGUGUGGAGGUGGAGUUCGCUCUCGCAACAGACAGUGCAACAACCCUCCGCCUGCCUACGGUGGUCGAGAUUGCCCUGGCUCUGCUUUUGACUACCAGAUGUGCAACACAGAGGAGUGCGCCGGCCCUUAUGAGGACUUCCGUGCUCAGCAGUGCAUCCAGAGGAGCAACAAAUACCACAAAAACAUCAAGCACACCUGGCUACCAUAUGAGCACCCAGAUGAGGCCCGUAAGUGCGAGCUGAGCUGUAAGUCAAAGGAGACAGGAGAGGUGGUGUUCAUGAACCAGGUGAUGCAUGAUGGGACCCGCUGCAGCUACUCAGACCCCUUCAGUGUAUGCGCUCGAGGAGAGUGUCUGCAUGUAGGCUGCGACAAAGAGGUCGGCUCUUACAAACAAGAGGACAAAUGUGGAGUGUGUGAGGGGGACAACUCCCACUGUCGCACCGUGAAGCUGACGCUCACCAAGACGCCCAAAAAGAAUGGAAUGCUGAAAAUGUUCGACAUCCCAAUAGGAGCCCGUCACAUUGUUAUCGAAGAGAAUGAGACCUCCCCUCACAUAAUUGCUGUGAAGAAUCAAGUUACUGGAAACUUCAUACUGAAUGCAAAGAGUGAAGAUGCCGAAUCAAAGACCUUCAUCGAAAAUGGUCUACAGUGGGAGUAUUCCACCGAUGAGAAGGAGACCCUUAAAACAAGUGGUCCUCUGCAUGAAGGCAUUGUAGUGCUGGUCAUUCCCCAGGAAGAAGAUGCAAAGAUCAGCUUGACAUAUAAGUAUAUUAUACAUGAAGACCUGUUACCACUUAUUACAAACAACAAUGUUCUUUUGGCUGAGCUUGACACCUAUGAGUGGGCACUGAAGAGCUGGUCUCAGUGCUCCAAACCUUGUGGGGGAGGUAUACAGUACACAAAAUAUGGAUGCAGGAGGAAAAGUGACAGCCGUUUGGUACAUCGUAACUUUUGUGAGACCAGCAAAAAGCCCAAACCCAUCCGGAAACGCUGCAAUGUCCAAGAGUGCAGCCAGCCCACGUGGACGGUGGAGGAGUGGGGACCCUGCAGUAAAACCUGCGGAAAGCUCGGCUACCAGACCAGGGUGGUGCAGUGCAUGCAGGCGCUCCACAACGGCACCAACAGGCCCGUCCACAGCAAACACUGCACUGAGGAUCGUCCAGAGACCAGGAGGGCCUGUAACCACACUGUAUGCCCUGCCCAGUGGAGGACAGGGGCCUGGUCUCAGUGUUCAGUAACCUGUGACGAAGGGAUUCAGCAAAGGCAGGUGGUCUGCAAAGCCAGCGAUAACACCAUUGCAGAAUGUGAGGGAAAGAAGCCAGAAACAGUCCUCAUUUGCAAACUAAGUCCAUGUCCAGGGCAGCCAAUGUCUCCUCUCACCAUUGAAACAAUGGAAAACUCCACCAUAAAAGAUAAAGCUGCACACCAAAGGCCCUCUGAAAACCCUGUCCACAAAAUAUCUUCAAAUGAGCCAUGUCUGGGGGAUAAAUCGAUAUUUUGUCAAAUGGAGGUUCUUGCCCGUUAUUGUUCCAUCCCUGGGUAUAAUAAGCUUUGCUGUGAGUCUUGCAACAAGAAAGAAAGCCUUACCACAUAUGCUCCUGACCUCCAAAACACCCCAGUGGGCUCAGUUGAACCUGAAGUCUCUGCACCUUCUCACCCCACAUCAACCAAGGCUCCUCCACCCACUACAACCCAGAGCCCACCACAAACCACUAAAGCCAUCGCCAGACGGCUUCACUCCACUGCCCCGGUGCCAACCACCGCUACUGCUGCUGCUGCUGCUGCUGAAGCCUCGCCAUCCACGGGUGCUGCUCCAUCCCAGGGUCCCACCAGCGACUCCUUCCUCACAGCUGGGCAGGGAGACUCAAACCCGGGGGCUCUCCUACCUCCAGGGCCACCACGGCCCACAGCAGACUCCAAUGGAGGUGUCUCUAAAGGGCACAGUCCAAACAGCACUUUAGGCCCAGUAGCUGCCAGGUCAAGAAGGGACAAUUUAGGAUCCGAGAGGGACUCGAGUCACAGAACCCUGUCAGCUCAGAAAUGAACAGUGAGCGAUGUUGUGAAUGUGCUGCUCGUACAUCAACUCACCCUGUGCAGCAUCUGAUAGACUUGCAGUCUUUCUACAGAUUUUUUUGUUUUGUUUUGUUUUUUAACAAAGAUGUCUUUCCAUGCCAGUGAACUUAGACCAGAUCAGAGAUGGUUACCUCAUCAAAACUCCAGAGUGAUCUGCUUGUAGUGUCGCUCUGCCCUCUGUGCUUCAAAUAUGAAACGGAAGAGAAAAAAAAGUUGUCAGGUGCUGUAAACUAAAACAACUAGAAGACAUGUUCAAAAUGUGAUGACUGCAUUGCUACAUUCAUGUGUUUAUCUGUGUACAGUUGUGUAAUCCUGUUUUCAAGUGCAUUAGAACUACUAUUGAACUUGUAUUGUGAACAUGUGAAGAGAUGUCAAAGGACGUGGUUUUACAGGUGCACAUGUCAACUGUGGAGACUAGAGUGUCCUGCCAGAAUAAUUAUAGAUCCUGCCAGUGUUCACUUAUAAUCAGUCAAUAUGUUGCAUUCAAAGCACUUACAAUUGAAUGAUAACAAGUACGUGUUCAGAUUAAUAUUUAUUUCUUAUUCUGUUCCAUAAAAUGAGAGAAAGAAGAAUUUAUAAAAUGCUUACGAUUAUCUCUCACAAUUCAUUGUCUGCUACAGUUUCCAUUUCUUGAUUCUUUGGACUCCAGUUAUCACUUGUGCUACACUAGUAGGCUAAAGUUUAAAAGGAACAGUUUGAGAAAUAUGCUUAUUUGCUCCCUUGCUGGAAACUAAUUGAGAAGAUCGUUGCUGCUCUCAUGCGUAUAUGUUCAGUAUGGAGCUAGGAGGCUGCUAGCUUAGCAUGAAGACUAGAAGAAGGGCGAAACAAUUAGUGUGGCGCUGCCUAUCAGCACCUCUGAAGCUCACUGACUGUAACAUGUUAUAUUUUGUUUGUUUUUGGUUUUAAGGAGUUACAUACUGUUACUGUUUCUUGAUAAACAGCGAGGCGCAGUGACUUCCUGGAUACCUCUUGACACUGUGAUGUUGCCAAGCUAACAAGUAAUGUGUUCAUCAAGAAACAGCCACUGCUCCUUAAAUCAGAAGUUGGAGUUUUUGUCCUAUGUCGUUUUUAGAGGCGCUUAACGAUGUAUUUCUUCACGUUGGACUCAUGCAUCCAGUCUUUAGGCUAAGCUAAGGCAAGAUAUCUCAUCAUCUAAUUUUGAGCAAGAAAGCUAAUAAGCUUCCCAAAGUUGCAAAAUUGUCUUUUUAUUGUAAAUUUACUUAGACUUUUUUAUUCAUCAUAUAAAUGCUUAUGUAAUUGGAAUGAAAUUGAUAAGAAUGAAACACCCAUUAAGUCAAUAGUUAUUUCACUGGCACACUCCAGACUCCAUAGUCAUCACUCCUCACAGGGAGCUUCAUGACUUCCUUGUCCCUGGUGCUCUUUUUUUCUUUUUCUUUUCCUUUUUUUUGUGUAUUUUCUUUUUUUGUUGUUGACAUUUGUUCCCAAAUCCAACGAACGUUCUGGUGGUUAUCCUCGCUGGUAAAAGAUCAUGAGUGUUUGCAAGCCAAACCCACUGUAGCAUGCCCUCUGUCUGUCUGUCUUGUGGAAGUCAGUCACUCACACUUUGAAGACGAAAAGAUUUAAGAAAAAAACUCAGUAUGUUAUUUUUUUGUAACUGAUAUAUUUUUCAGAUAAUAAUGUAUAUAGUGUAAAUUUCAAGGUAUGAAAAGAAAUUAACAACCAGGAGGAGAACGGAAAGUAUGUUGCAAUUGAAAAGUACAGGUGAUGCUGUAAGUCUACUGACUGUGGUUGGUCAUACUGUUACACCAUUCCUGUAUUGCAGUUCAUAACAUCAGUAUGUUUAUUGUAUAGUACUUGUAUAUACGUAUGUGAAUGAAAGCUUUAAAUGUUAAUAUUUAUUGAAUUUUUAAGUGGUAUGGAGAACAAAGUAAAACACAUUUGAAAGAACUGAG